AUGAGACAGCAGCCCAAGCACGAGGAUCAGAAAGGCAUGGAGAGCUGGUCGUCCCCCCCACUCAACCCUACCCCUGCAGCGCGUGAUUGGUCAGAUGAAGCCUUCGACGACGCCAGAUCUUCAGGCCUGUUCCCUGCGCCUGGAUCUCACACGGCCACAACCACACAUCUGGCUGACUUUGGUGCUGGCCCUCGACUUCGACGACGUGGACAACGACGACGAGCAUCCUCCGUUGUCAUCUCGAAUAGAUUUGUUACAACGAUUCUGCACUACACGCAGUAUGCGUACGAAUCGCUCAAUCGUACCCAGAGGCUGGCAAUGUGGCAGCAGGAUGUCUUCACACUCAAAGGAGAAUGUCGUGAUAGAGACGUGCGACCGUGGCUCUCUUUGCAAGGGUUGCGGCUUUGCCGAGCACGACUCGCAUGUACGCUAGACCAGCAUCAGAGUCCAAGUCAGUCACUCGGGCCAAUAUCAGACGAGGGCAACUCGCAUCCUAUCCUAGCCCAACCUGACGCCGUUUGGCUGCACGCAACAUGCCUCUCUCACCUCGCGGCGAUGCACAUACCUGCCAUGCUACAGGAGUUCUCUUCCUUCGCGCAACGGACAUGGACGGCGGUCCAGCUCGCCUACCUAGCCUCUGUAGACACGGCAUGUCUGAGCUACUCAUGCAUGUCACACAAACCGUGA